AUGGCGGGAGACGAGCGGGGGGAGGGACUGGAGGAGCGAUGCACGGAGAGAGGCAUGUUCUACCGCGUCUCCCGCUCCAACACUCCCGUGAUGGACUUCGACUCGAGGCUGUCCUUGUCCAAACUGCGAUCUCACUUCCAAUCCCCUAGCGCUACUCCCCGCACCAUGGUGACGACGAGCAGGUCGGUAGACAAUACAGACGUUUCCAACGGAGAUACCUUGAGGAGGAAGACUCUUGUACCGAAGCUCGACACGACGAGGUUCGAUUGGAUCAACAGCCAGCUGGAGGGUCUGAGAUACAAACACCUACGGCAUCUCCCCGUGACGACUCGCCGAUGGAUGGGCAGUCCCAACCAACAACAAAUGAAGACAGCUCGAUCUGAUGGGUCUUCCUUGUUGCAUUACGAGCAGAGGAAGAUAAAGCUGAGCAACAACAUCGUUGAGAAGGGUGUGCUCAAGGUCAAGGACGACGAAGUGAUUGAAUUAACAAGACUCAACAAGAAGAUCUUGUUCAUGCUCGGGAUGAGAGAAGGAGAAAUUGCGGACCUGUACACUCGCAUCGAGAAGAAUGAAGACGAUCUUCUCUUCUUCGAGCCUGCUCCAGGGUCAGCAGCUCGUUCAAGUUCACCAUAUUUCAACGACAUCGAUUACAGUGCAAAGAAGAUGAACAAGGACUUGGUCGAUCUCGAAAGAGAUCUCCAAGUCAAGAUCAGAUACAGUGACAGGAUGCAAACGCUCGUCUCAAACGCUGCUGACCUGGCGAGGCAGCGGGUAGAGUUUGAGGCGGCGAAUCGUCCGACCUUUGCAGAGGCGCAGAGUCAGACAGUCUGCGACGCCAAGGACGUUGAGAUGCUGUUUGCCGUGGAGGAAGUGACGAGUCAAUCCGAAGAUCCGGAAGAUAUGAUGAACUUGAUUCGAAAAGAACAUCAGUCUAGACGCUUUCACGCUGGCGUUCCGCGAGCCUUCAGGAAUGUGGUCAUGGAUUCAAGAUCGUGGUUUGCUCAAAGGGAUGCUCGGGAGGCAACGAUAAAGAUGAAGAAGGAACAACUCGACGCACAGAUCAUGGUCUACUACUUCACCAAGAGAGAUUGCGACGUCAACGACGAGCUCUUGGGCAAAGACAAGUCGUCUUUAACGGACUUUCUGCUUGAAUAUCACUUGUACAGGAGCGACAGCAAGGCAGAUUACAUGUUGGACCUGUCACCCUCCCACGACGUGCUUACUCUGAUGCAGUUCACCCGCCCGGACGAGCACGCCCGAGUCUCUCAUGCUCGCAUCUUCGCGCGGUUGAGUGGGAUGAGCUUGUCGGGGAAGGAGGGGACUGCUCUGCCGCAAGAGACUCUUGAGUUCGUUCUGGAUGUUGUGUACUUCCUGCACGAGUUCUAUGGGGAGCAGGUGGCGGGUCUGAUGUGGAGGCAGAGGGCAGAGACGAAGGCGCUGAAGGAUGUAGAGAUCUUUGCCAACAGGACGAGGAAGGUCUCUCCCGCUAGCAAUCUCUUCGUGGCAGCGUACAAGGAGAAGGAGAAGAUCAUGUUCAAGAAAUCCUUGGUGUGCCGGGUGGUCAAGGAGGCCCUGCUGCUGAGGGCGAACAUCGUCUGGAGCCAAGGGGACAACCUCUCGUUCCAUGAGGCGAACAGGCUGAUGAACUUGGAGCAGGCGCUUGAUUUCUCCAUCUCUCAUUACGAAGCUGUGAGGACGAUGAGAAGAAGGGCUCUGAUGGAUAAGUACAAGAACUACAUCGAUGGAGAGGGGGUGAUAACAUGCAAACAAUUCCAUUCAAUCAUGCAGGAGAUCGACAACGAGGUCCCCGAGGCUCAAAUUGAUCGAAUGUUCCGCAAGAUAGCAGUGGAGUCAGGGCCGACCAACUUGAUAGAUGCUGAGGUCUUCUGUGAUGUGCUGCAAGAGAACAAGUUCGACCGACCGGCAGAGAUCGGAGUCAAGGUGGUCAACCCGUAUGUGUAUACCCGGAAGCAGCCCGUGGAAGUUGUUGAAACUGAGAAAGUGACUGCGAAGAAGAAGGGGAAGGGAAAGACCAAGGUUAAGGAGAAAACGGCGGAGGAGCAAGAUGAAGUUCAUGCAGGGGAAGAGACCGUGACGUGA